CUCCUCCUUCUACUUCUCUUCCCUUUCUUCUUCACACUCACUUCACACUUAUGGACCGUUGAGGAUUCUUUUUUUUAUUAUCUCUCUCUUCACCUUAAUUUCCUUCUUCUUCUUCUUCUUCAUCUAGUACUAUUUCUAGUUCAGUCUUUGAUUCAGUAACAUGGUGAAAUCCCCUUCCUCUCCCUCUCCUGUGACCAUAACGGUCUCUUCCGGAGGAAAAGAAAGCGGAAGCAGAAGCAUAGGACUAACCAGUCCAGUUCCGCGCGCUUCCAUCUCCAAUAACCCUAAUUCCCCCCUAAGGAGAGCUUCUGGUGGCAGCGGCAGUGUUGUAAGGAGGUUAUCAGGCGGAGGAGCCAACAACUAUUCCUCAAUUUCAAAUACUACAGAAGAAUUCAACUCAGAGUACUACACAUACACUGUUCAAAUUCCUGCCACUCCUGAACGCCAGCCAUUGACAACCUCACAGACAAGCCUUCCCGAAUAUGGCAAUAACACCGGAAAACCCGAGACAAGCUACAUCUCAGGAACAAUCUUCACCGGAGGGUUCAACUCCGUGACCCGAGGGCAUGUCAUUGAGUGUUCCAUGGAGCAAGAGGAGCCAACAAAGAAAACUAAAUCCAUGUGUGGAAUGAAAGGCUGCGACGAGAAAGCGAUUCAAGGAAGGUCCAGCGGUGGUCCUUGCGAGUGCGGGUUCAAGAUAUGCAGAGAGUGUUACUUGGAGUGUGUUGGAAAUGGAGGAGGCAAGUGCCCUGGUUGCAAAGAGCCUUACAAGUAUGUGAGUGAUGAUGAAGAUGACGAUGGCAAAGACUAUGACGACGACGACGAUGACGAGCGUGUUUCUGAGGCUGAAGAUCAGGCUCUGCCUUUGCCUUCCAUGGCUGAGUUCAAGCUGGACAAGAGGCUCUCUGUUGUGAAAUCUUUUAAGGCGCAGAAUCAUCCGCCGGAUUUCGAUCACAACCGCUGGCUAUUCGAAACGAAGGGAACUUAUGGCUAUGGAAAUGCUGUGUGGCCUAAAGAUGGACAUGGAGCUGGUUCAGCUUCGGAAAUCCGUCCGGAUUUCGGAGAGAAAGCCAGAAGGCCCUUGACACGAAAGGUUGGAGUAUCUGCUGCCAUUCUCAGUCCAUACAGGUUGCUUAUUCUGUUUCGUCUUGUUGCACUUGGAUUGUUUCUAACAUGGAGGAUUAGACACCCGAACCGCGAAGCAAUGUGGCUGUGGGGAAUGUCCAUAACUUGUGAGCUAUGGUUUGCAUUCUCUUGGCUUCUUGAUCAGCUCCCUAAGCUCUGCCCUGUAAACAGAGUCACUGAUCUCUCUGUCCUCAAAGAGCGCUUUGAGUCACCGAACCUUCGCAAUCCUAAGGGGAGGUCUGAUCUACCUGGAAUUGACGUUUUUGUUUCCACGGCAGACCCUGAGAAGGAGCCUCCUCUUGUCACAGCAAACACCAUUCUCUCCAUCCUCGCCGUUGAUUAUCCGGUGGAAAAGAUUGCUUGCUACCUGUCUGAUGACGGUGGAGCUCUGUUGACAUUUGAAGCUCUCGCCGAGACUGCUAGCUUUGCUAGAAUUUGGGUUCCUUUCUGCAGAAAACACAGCAUAGAGCCUAGAAAUCCCGAAGCAUAUUUUGGGCAAAAGCGCGAUUUUCUCAAGAACAAAGUUAGAUUGGACUUUGUGAGGGAGAGGAGAAGAGUAAAGAGAGAGUACGAUGAAUUCAAAGUGAGAAUAAACUCCUUGCCAGAGUCAAUAAGGAGAAGAUCAGAUGCUUACAAUGCUCAUGAAGAGCUAAGAGCAAAGAAGAAACAAUCCGAAGCUGGUAUCACUGCUUCCGAACCUAUCAAGGUUCCCAAGGCAACAUGGAUGUCCGAUGGUGCUUAUUGGCCAGGAACUUGGGCUUCAGCAGAACCAGACCACUCCAGAGGGGAUCAUGAAGGCAUAAUCCAGGCAAUGUUAGCUCCUCCAAAUGCAGAAGAAGAAUUUGGAUCAGAAGCAGAUGCAGAAAAUUUGAUUGACACAACAGGCGUAGACAUUCGAUUGCCAAUGCUUGUGUAUGUGUCAAGAGAGAAGAGGCCUGGAUAUGAUCACAACAAGAAAGCAGGAGCGAUGAAUGCACUGGUUCGAACAAGCGCAAUCAUGUCGAAUGGACCAUUCAUUCUGAAUCUUGACUGUGAUCACUACAUCUACAACUCCCUGGCUCUCAGGGAAGGCAUGUGUUUUAUGCUCGACAGAGGAGGUGAUAGGAUAUGCUAUGUUCAAUUCCCUCAAAGAUUUGAAGGCAUUGAUCCGAGUGACCGAUAUGCGAACCACAACACGGUGUUCUUUGAUGUGAGCAUGAGAGCUCUUGAUGGAUUACAAGGACCAAUGUAUGUGGGAACUGGCUGCAUAUUCAGAAGAACAGCACUUUAUGGUUUUAGUCCUCCAAGAGCUACAGAGCAUCAUGGAUGGUUUGGAAGAAGGAAAAUUAAGCUGUUUUUGAGAAAGCCAAAGAAGUCCAAGAAGGAAGACGAUGAAGUUGCUGUGGCGAUCAAUGAUGAUGAUGCUGAUAUUGAGACAUUGCUUCUUCCAAAGAGAUUUGGCAACUCUACUUCUCUGGCGGCAUCCAUCCCUGUUGCAGAAUAUCAGGGAAGGUUGCUUCAAGAUUUGCAAGGAAAGGGAACACAUGGAAGGCCAGCAGGCUCUCUUGCCGUGCCUCGCGAGCCCUUGGAUGCUGCUACGGUUGCAGAGGCAAUUAGUGUCAUAUCUUGCUUCUAUGAGGACAAAACUGAAUGGGGGAAGCGAGUUGGGUGGAUAUAUGGUUCUGUUACAGAAGAUGUAGUAACUGGUUACAGAAUGCACAAUAGAGGGUGGAGAUCAGUGUAUUGUGUCACCAAGAGGGAUGCUUUUCGAGGAACAGCUCCGAUCAACUUGACAGAUAGGCUCCACCAAGUUCUCCGGUGGGCCACCGGAUCGGUGGAGAUCUUCUUCUCAAAGAACAAUGCACUGCUGGCAAGUCCUAGAAUGAAGUUCUUGCAAAGAGUGGCAUACUUCAAUGUUGGAAUGUACCCUUUCACCUCAAUGUUUCUGAUUGUGUAUUGCUUCCUGCCUGCAAUUUCUCUCUUCACUGGAAAGUUCAUAGUGCAAUCCUUAAGUGCAACAUUCUUAGUCUUCUUGCUUGGCAUCACAAUCACACUCUGCUUGCUUGCGCUCCUUGAGAUCAAGUGGUCAGGGAUCACUCUUCACGACUGGUGGCGAAAUGAGCAGUUCUGGUUGAUCGGUGGAACCAGCGCCCACCCUGCCGCCGUGCUGCAAGGCUUGUUGAAGGUCAUAGCCGGAGUGGACAUAUCAUUCACCCUCACUUCAAAAUCAGCCACCCCGGAAGACGGAGACGAAGAAUUCGCAGACCUUUACGUGGUGAAAUGGAGCUUCCUAAUGGUUCCUCCGAUCACAAUCAUGAUGGUGAACAUGAUUGCUAUUGCUGUGGGAGUAGCCAGAACUAUCUACAGUCCAUUUCCACAAUGGAGCAAGCUGGUUGGAGGUGUGUUCUUCAGUUUCUGGGUUCUCUGCCAUCUCUUCCCCUUUGCAAAGGGACUCAUGGGAAGAAGAGGGAAGGUUCCAACCAUUGUUUAUGUUUGGUCUGGAUUACUCUCUAUUAUCAUAUCAUUGCUUUGGGUGUACAUAAGCCCACCUUCAGGAGCAGCACAAAAUUACAUGAAUUUCCAGUUCCCUUAGUUUUCUUCGUAAGAAAAAAGAUGAAGUUUUUCCUCUACUCCAUCUUUUUUGCAUUGUGCCAAUCAUAUAUGUCCUAGUGUAUUUGUUGUACUAAAUUGUACGUGAGUAGAAGUAUAUCUUAGUUUUCUUGCUAUUCUGAAUA